AAGUAUACAAUCAACUGUUGAAAACCAAUCAUUUUGUUCAAUAUUCACCAUGUAAAUGACAAUAACUGGAGAUUUCUUGGACAAUUAACUAAUAGGAUGUUUAAAUCGAUACAUAGAAGAAUGUCAGGUGAACUUCCUCAGAGCCAAGCUGCUAACAAUGCUGUAAUUGCAGGUUCUCCCAUAGGACAACACAAAUUCCUUAUACCUAGUCCUAUACCAACUCGACGAAACAGGACAUAUUCACAAUCAGAAAAAGCAAAGGAGGGUCCAACAUUGAAAGGGAAGGUAGAAGAGUUCUGUCGCCAGAAAGGCCAUGGUUUUAUUAUUCCAGAGGAUGGAUCAGGACAUAUAUUUGUCCAUAUAUCAGACGUUGAUGGAGAAUAUGUUCCAAAACCAGGCGAUGAUGUCACAUAUAAAAGAAUAAAAAUACCUCCAAAGUUUGAAAAAAUGCAAGCUGUCCAUGUCAUGAUUACCCACUUAGCUCCUGGUGUCUCACAUGAAACUUGGAGCUCUUCAGGUCCCAGUCCACAGGCCUCACCAAGAUCCUAGUUAAUUAAUGACUUUGGAUUUAAAACAAUCUGUACUUACAUGUUGAAAGUGAAGUAAGGGUGAUUUGAUGAUAGACGACAGUGACUGUGCAGUACAAAGGCUAAUUUAUCAAAACAAUAUUUGUAUCACACUUCUUUUCUGUAACACAAAAUAUCAUUUACAAUUUAUAAACAAACUUACUUAAGAUGGUGGUUACUACAGUGUCUUGUGGUUCAUGUGGACAACUGUCAUCUUAUAAAAAAAUAAUGGCAAAGAAUCUAAUCAUUAAGGCUGUGUUUAAAAAAAAACAUUAUCUGUUGCAGCUUAAUUUGAAGGGGGCUGUAAUUGUAGGCUCUAAAAUAUUUCUAAAUUGAUACUGCUUAUGAUUAUCAAAUAUUAAAAAAAUAUCACAAAUUGUAAACAUGCGCUGGUUUAUUUCUUGAAAUCAAAAUUAAUCAAUGAUAUUUUUCAGUAUCAAAUUAAGAAACAUUUUAAUUUUUGUGAUUUUUUUUGGACACAAUUCUAUUAAUUAGUGUAAAACAGUUAUAACUACAGCAAGCUAUGUUAUAUAGACUCAAUAUAAGAAUAACAAAGAAAAUCUAUUUUGAAAGAUUUGAUAAUUUUACUAAGCAUUCAGACAAGAUAUAUAUAGGUGCAAACAGUAUUACUUAAUCAUGCUUUAAUAUAACUUCUAUAUUUAUAAGUGACAUAGUUUGAACUUUUACAUAUAUUUUAUAUGUUUAAGCAUCAAAAUGUAUAAAAUAUGUAUUACUCACAUUUUCUGGAUAUAUUUUUUAAUAUCAUAUCUUAAAAAUUUAAAUCUUUGAAGUUGUUUUCAAAACUAAGAAAUUCAAAAUUUGGAUAAUUCUAUUUGUAAUAAGUUAAUACAUCCAUUUAUAUAAUCCACAUUUUAUCUGCAUUGUCAUUGUUAGAAAUGUUAGAAGUGUGAUAUAUAUAAAACUUAUAUCUAAAUGGUACAAUUCAUUUCUUGGCAGCUGUAUUAAUGCAGUAUUUUAUAUCCUAUUUAUAAAAUGUUUUACUCAUAUAUUUAUCAAUAACUUAUUUUUUAUGGCAAUACAAUUUACUAGCUGUACUAACAUUUUACAAGCCUGUGUUUUACUCUUUCAAAAAAUGAUUGAGAAAACUAUUCAAAACUUUUAAAGUAUUUCAAAAACUAUUUCAAAUUACAAAACAAAAUUUUUUAAGUAUUUCAAAAACUUUCCUUUUCCCGUAAAACUUUGAGGAUCUAUUAAUAUUAUUUUCAUCAGUUACGAUUUAGAUGACACCGAUAGUUAUAUGGAGAACAAACAAAAGAUGUCAUAAAGAUCCUUAUACAUUGAAAUUCUAUUUUAUCAUACCUCUGUCUCCUGUGUAUAUAAUGUAUAAAGUGUGCAUGGUUAGUCAGAUUGUUAUUAUUCAGCUUCUGUCCAUUUUUAUACAAACAUUAUGUUACUUGCUUUGCAAAUGGAUUUUCAUAUCUAUUGCAGUGGAAAAUAUUAAACAGGAUUGAAAUAUCCCUGCUUAUCAUGCAAUUUGAUUGGCUACCUUGACAGAUGAUAUUAGCCCAUAUUACCUGAAGACAAAACAAAGGUCAGAAUGGUGAUUAAUGUUGAAAUUAGGACAUUUAAGUAUUAUACAAUUUUUAAUAAGGUUUCACAGGGGAUAUGGGCUCAAAAUUCCCUGCCAGUGGCCCUACACCCACUUGGCCUGACUGCUUAGGGGAUGUUAAACACUGAAAUGGAAUAUGAGCCUGUAUUCCCUGUGGGCUUUGACAAUCCUGAAUAAUAUAUAACAUACAUGCUUGACAUCACUGUAUAAGAAUUAGUACUUUUCUUAUUAAACCAGCAGAAUGGUAGCAUGUAUAAAGGAACUUAAGCAAACCACUUAUAAUACUGUCAGUGCUAUCUUUAGGAUUUGGUGCAAAUAAUUUAUAAAGUGCAAUUAAGUUUAAAGAAUAGUGCUAUCUUGUUAUAUUGUUUCCAUGAAAUUUCUUGUUUGAUCAUUAGAAGUUCAAUCACUAGCUGAUAUUUUCAUAUCUUAUAGUGCUCAAGAAACUAUUAAGUGCUGCCCUUUGAAGAAAUAUAUAUUGUGCUUUAUUUCAAUGUUUCUUCAUUGUAUUUAAAAAAAAUCUCUAUUUUCAAUUUUCAAUUUGAUAUCAUCUUGUAAGGCUUCGAACUAAUUAGAUACAAUAUCUCUAUACUGUUGCCAUGAUGUGUUCUAGGUUAUUGAACAAGCUAUCUUUAGUUUUAAAUUAUUGAUUUAAAUUGUAACACAUUUCUACUUUUACAACAAAAAUCUAAUGAAGCUGUUUUUGAUUACCUCCCUUGGAUGAUAUAUAAUGUUUCACAUUUAACUUUUUGCUGCUGCAAUAUGGACAUUAUAAAUAUGAUAUAUUUUUGUGUGUAUAACUUUUUCAAACAUGACUUGUUUUUCCAAUAUUUCAUUUUUAAAUUCUUGAAAAUCCAGAAAAAUGUCCCCAAUGAUCAACAGUUCUAAUUAUACAUCAAUUUUAUAACUUCAACUGACCUCUCUGUCCAAUCUUGGACAGAAUACUAUGGUCAUACAUAUAUCGCACCAGAAAUUUGUUAGUGGGUAAUGAAAGAUAAUAUUGUAAUUUGUUAAUUUUUGAGAGUCAACAGAUUGAUCAGAGAGAUAAAUUUCAGGUUUAAAAUAUUGAGGAAGAUACAAUAUAUAAGUGAAAAUAUUUGAAUUUUUGUCAAUUUUUUGUAUACUCCUUGUUACAUAUAUAAGGAAAUUUUAGGUGUCUAUUAACUUGAAUUAUCCAGGAUAUAUUAUUAGAGUUAAUAAGUGCUAAAUUAUAUCAAAGGUAGGAUUUUAUUAUUUGGUUGCAUCCUAUAAUAGUAUUCAUUUUGAUAAACUGUUCCUUCAAAAGAUGUCCUGUUGUUCAAGUUCAAUUUAUACUGUCAAUUGUACAAAAAAUCUAUUUACAGAAGAGGAUCAACCUCAUUGAAAAUUAAAUUUACAAGAAAUUACUGCUGUUCAAGUUUUCUAUCUUUUUUGUAAUUCCUUUUUGAAUUUUACUUUAAAAAAAACAGAGAUCUUUAAAACUGUGAAAGCUAUUUAAUAGUGAAACCUACAUCAACACUUUGAUCAUCUAUUAUAAUUGUUAGUUAAGAUUCUACUGUAACACUAGAUUGUAUCCUCCCAUCAUGAUACUUAACUGUAUAUAUAUAAUACUUGUUAGUUCAACUGUAAUACUGUCAUUCUUGUUUCAUGACAAGACAUAUAUAAUUUGUUUAAUAAAAGAAAACAUUUUUCGAAUAAA